GUUUUCCAACGGGCAAGGCAGGCAGGGCCGCGCUCACUGUCAGCGCCAGCAAAGGUUAAGUUAGAGCUUUCAUUGACAGGCGGACGCACCAUUCUUCUGCGCCUUCUUUCUUCCUGUAGGGCUUCCCUUCUGUAGUAGGAGCCAUGGGUGACGACACGUACGAGGAUUUCAGGGUCUUUGUUGGCGGGCUCUCAUGGAACACCGACGAUAGGGGCCUCGAGGAUGCGUUCUCCAAGUUUGGAGAUAUUGCUGAUGCCAAGGUUGUCAAUGAGCGGGAGACUGGUCGGUCCAGGGGCUUUGGCUUCGUGACCUUCAAGGACGACAGAUCCAUGCAAGACGCUAUUGACGAGCUGCAUGGGAAGGAGCUUGAUGGACGGAACAUCACUGUCAACAAGGCUCAGCCGAAGGGUCAGCGGAGGUUUGAUGACAGGGGGGGUCCUGGGGGCAGAGGUGGCGGCCGUGGGGGCGGCGGUGACGAGUGCUACAAAUGUGGCGCGCCUGGUCACUUUGCUCGUGAUUGUCCCUCGGCUGGUUAUGGAGGCGGCGGCGGUGGUGGUUAUGGUGGCGGUGGGGGUGGUUACGGUGGGGGAGGCUAUGGAGGAGGCCGCAGGUGAUGACCGUUACGGUGGAGGCGGUGGUGACCGGUAUGGCGGUGGUGGCGGUGGGGGUGGCUACCGUGACCGCUCGCCUCCUCGCGGGGGCGGCGGCGGCGAUCGUUAUGGCGGCGGCAGCGGCGGAGGUUACAGCGAGCGUCGGAGAGACGAGUACUGAGAGGGGCCUGGUUCAUGCUAGCAAAGAUGCAUGGGCCCCUGUGUUUUAGUUCUAGUGAGUCUGAAUGGAGCCAGGCAGAAGUCUGAUGUUUGCUUUGCUUGUUUAAAAUAUGCGUCACUACUUGCUAUCUGCUCGUUUAAUUACCCUCCUGAAUUGGUGCUGUCUCUCUUCCCAACAAGAGAUGCUUCAUCUGGCCUCUCUCUACACCUCUUGCUGUAGUUGACCACUCAAGUCACAUACCUAGUUCUCAACAUUGGUGCCAGAUUAUUUAGAAGCCCUGUUCAAGACCGGGUCUGACCCUGUACGAGUUGUAGGCCUUGGUAGUGGAAGGGUGACCUUCUUGGCCCGUGCAUGACCACCUCCAGCCAACAGUAUAACAGAGUUUCUUGGUGCACCAUGCAAAUGAAAGGUAGAUUGCGGACUGAACACUUUCAAGCGAAAUUGAAACCGGUUCAUGCGAUCACACUUGUUAUUGUUUCCAGGUUCAG